AUGUCUCGGCCACUUCUACCACGACCUACGGGAGAACCUUCUCGACUCCAGCCACCGAAACCACUUGAGGCAGCUCGCAAAGCUGUGACCGCCGCGUGUGAGCAUUGUAGGAAGGCCAAACAAAAGUGUAGCGGUGAGCGGCCGAGAUGCUAUGCAUGUGUUAGAAGAGGAGGUGAUUGCGUCUAUCGCAUGCGUAUCACGAAAACUAGAGCUCGAACUAUAGAGCAAGAAUACGAGGGACUUAAAAACGAGCAUAUCCGUCUUCAAGAAACUCACGCGGACCUGGAAAAACUCGUACAAGCCAUGCGGGCCCAAGACGACGGACAAGCUAAUACCAUCUUUCGAAAGAUACGAGAAGGCGCCAGCACGGAAUCUAUUUUACGACUGAUUAGUACCGGAGAUGCCCUAGUUGAAUUGCGUCUACCCACUGAUACGAAAUAUCGUUUUGAUUUCCCUUAUAAAAAGGAGAUGCCAUCAACCAUAAAAUUAUCCAAUAGCCCUUAUCUUCGUUCGCUUAUGCACGGCGCAAUCUACGCCACUAGUGACGCAACAAGCAACCGAGCAACAGUGGAUUCACAGCUGUGGGAUCAAUAUAAACCGCAAUACCUCAAGCCUUAUCAGGCUGCAAGGAUCGUGGACCCUAGGUUUGAGUCGGUGAUGCCAUCAAAUUGGACACACGUUUCUAGUGACAAUGAGCUGAUGAGAAGACUGCUACAUGCCUAUUUUCUGUUCGAAUACCCUUGGUAUUCUUUCUUCCACAAAGACCAUUUUCUUGAUGAUAUGGUGUCUGGGUCAAGACAACACUGUUCUUCCCUCUUGGUCAACGUUAUUCUGACUCUAGCAUGUGGCUGUAGUCAGUUCGUUGAUCGGUCAGAGUACUGGAAGCCGCAGAGCCUGGGAUACAAAUUCUUUGCCGAAGCCAAGAGACUUUGGGAAUUGGAGCAAAACCAAGGAAGUCGCCUGACAACUAUACAGAGCGCAGCUCUGAUGAAUAUUGUGUAUAACAUGCAGUCUAUGGAUAAACUAGGCAUGACAUACACGGUACAGGCUAUAGCCAUGGCGCAAGACUUAGGUAUCUUCAACGCUCCUGACCCAUCAUUCUCCAAGAGAAAGCAGGUUUCGUAUGGCUUUACGGCUUGGAGCCUGUUUAACUGGACCAGUUUACAACAAUACCAUUUCAUGAUGUCACCGAUAAUUAGGGAGGCUCCUCGAACCUCGUUGCCUGACAUCGAGUUGGAACCUUCAUGGUAUGGAGACUUUGAUUUACUUUACCCAACUAGCCAAGGAUACUGCCCUACGAAUUUUGGUCACUUAUUUAAAGCCAAGAGCCACCUCGCGGUUAUACUAAAACACAUUGCAACAAGACUGUGGGACACUGAAGAGCGCGAACGACAACUCACUUCAGUCAGUAUUCGGGAGAUAUCAGCUGAAUUAGACCUGUGGGUCAAGGCUCUGCCUACAUGCCUCUCACCUAUGGAGAUCGUCUUUCCAGCUCAAAUCAAACUACAUCUACUUUUCCACAAUGUCGUAAUUAACCUUCAUGAGCUAGUGACUGGUAAAUCCUCUUGCUUGGUAACCGAAUCCGACUGGAAUAUGGCUCGCUUAGCUCUAGAAACGUCGAGAACGAAUUUUGAGGCUCUGAUGCGCUUGUAUUAUCUUCGUCAUGGAUACGAAACUUCGGACACGUAUUUAACGCAUACGCUAGCUGUCAUGGCAUUUAUGUCACUUGGCCAGCUCAGUUCGGCUGUAGCCUCAACCGAUUCGGUGUCAUUAAAUGAUAUUGAAGAUCUACGAAGCACGGUCUACUUGGCCGCAAAGGGGUUAGUAGACCAAGGCAAGAAUUACUAUAUCCCCUAUACACUGUUCGAGGUAAUCAAACGCCAGUUAAGUCCAGAUGACGUCAAUAAACUGCUCGGCUUUCUUGACGUUCGGGAAAGCGGCUAUGGUUCUAGCCGGUUACGUACGGAACACAUUCAGGCGCAGUACCCAGUCAACAUUCUAGACAUGGCCGACCAUCCUGAUAAGAAACGUUUGGGUAACAUGAUCCGAGAAUUCGCCGAUAUGGCUUUAGAGGUACAGUCUCCUGGAGCAACCAGCAAUCCAGCCGAGGUUUAG